AGAGCUUCACCCUGCCACAACCCCAUGGCAUCUGUCCACAUCUCCAUCACGCUAAGGACGCCGAAAUGUCGCGCCGCCAUAUGCACCUCAGCUCGGGCAGCUGGCUCCGAUCUCGCGGUCGGGACUCGAGACACCUCGAUGCCCUCGGAACCGCUAAUUACGAGGGCUCCGGGCUAGUCCAGCUCCAUCCCGAGGAAGCUGCCGCGAGCGCAGAAGCCGACAUUGUCUUGGUCGCCGGACUCGGAGGCCAUCACAGCAGAACAUGGGAAGGGGCGGACCUGACUUUGUGGCCGCGCGAUUUGCUGCCCCCGAAAAUCUCGAAAAGAAUUCGGAUCCGGUCGUUCCGGUAUAACACGACGCUCCAGGGCACGGUGAGCGAAGCGGGCAUCGGUGACCACGCAAAAGAACUGCUCGACGAGCUGUCAAGUGACAGAGAGGACGACGAAGCGGCCGCUCUGAGGCCGUUGAUCUUUGUGGGCCACAGCUUGGGCGGCAUGAUCAUCAAGAAAGCGCUAUUCCUCGCUCAUAAAAAGACGCAAACGAGAUUCAGGCCGCUAUGGGAUGCCAGCCGAGGAAUUAUGUUCUUCUCGACUCCCCAUCUCGGCCUCGACCCAGCCCUGUGGAGGAAGUUUGUCAAGCAUGUCCUGCCAUUCGACGCCCCAGUCACAGGUGCCCUGCCUUCAUACGGAAUGUUGAGAGAGAUUGAGAACGACGGGGACGUGCUUUACAGAAUAACCGAAGACUUCAAGCCUCAGCAUCCCGAGCUGUCCUUUGUGACGUUUAUUGAAGAAACGCCUAUGAAGGGGAUGGAGAGAGUUCUUGUCGACAAGGUAUACGGACUCAUGCAUGCCCAUACUGAAUACCACAGCACUUUGUCCGGCGACCACCUCAGUAUUUGCCAGUUCGCGAAAAGUCAAGAGGGUGCUUUCAAGCCGGUUGCGAGUCAGAUGGAGUUCUUGCUGGGUCGGAAACCAAAGGUCCUAGACCGUGCUGGAUACGAAGCAAAACGGGCUCUCUAUUCGCUAUGCCCCAACGCGUUCCACUGCUAUUUCCUUGACAGGCAGCCGACAAAGGGAACCUGUGGUUGGAUAGCCGAGCGGCAGGAAUUUCAGGGCUGGCUCGCCAACAAGCCCGGCAGCGAAAGACUUUGGAUCAGCGGCCAGCCGGGUUGUGGCAAGAGCUUCUUGGCCAAACAUAUCAUCACCGAGCUCAUCCCAUCGCCAUACCAGGAGGACGUGAUCCACUGCUUCCUCAGCGAUACUCUCCCGUCGCGCGGCAACAUCCAAGCGCUGCUAAGGGCGACGCUUCACCAAGCCCUGCGGCUUGAGCCGGAACUGGUUGUCGACUUUUUGAUGCCGACGUUCAGCGAGGCGCAACGGCGGGAUGUCGGCGACCAGGAUAUUUGGACCCGAGACGUGCUGGUUCUUCUGUGGGCUGGCGCCAUGGCCCAGAUAGCGAAGCGCCGCGCUUUGAUCAUGGUUAUCGACGGCAUUGAUGAGAUUGGGCCGGAAUGCCGAGAGACAUUCUUCAGUUGUCUCGAGGAGCUGGGAGCCAAAAUGCAAGACCCAAGCAGGACCAGGGUGCUCCUUAUCUCCCGCAACGAAGGACAGAUAAAAGAGCAUCUCGACAAACAGGGCUUCAAGACCUAUCUCAUGAAGCCGGAGGACACGGAAAUGGACAUGCUGAGUACCGUCAACGACGGCUUGGGCUACCUCUGGAACCAUACGCGAUACAACAUCGAGGACCUUGAAGGAAGCCGCGACGGACAAGACGACAUAGGCAGCAUCAUAGCUCAUCGGUCGGGAGGAGUAUAUCUCUGGAUCAUUCUGGUUCCCGAAAUUUUGAGACGCGAUGGCAAGAUGGACGAAUCUAGAAUGGCGGAGAAAGUGAGAGGCUUUCCACAAAGCAUCGAGGGACUCUAUGGCCACACACUCGGGGGAAUGCAUGACAGGCGCCGAGACACUGCGGCAUUCAUUAGACAAGCCCUGACAUGGGCCGUCUUCCAACAGAGAGGAUUAAAAGUCGCCGAGCUCAACACUGCGCUGGCCCUUGCCAAGGCCUCUCUCGUGUCUCCAGGCCAGACUGUCACGCCUCAGGGUCUGGCUAGCUUCCUAGACGACAACAUCAAGGCCAAGCUGAACUUUUACUGCGGGCAGCUGGUCAAGUUCCAUGACGGGCGUCUGACGCUUGUUCACAGAAGUCUGAAGACUUAUUUGACAACUGCGACGGCGACCAGCGAGCUAGGCGUCGAGUUCUUCCUCGACCAGCAGAGCUCGCAUGCAGUUCUCGCGAGCGUCUGCGUCAUGUAUCUGACCAUGGCCUACUUUUGCGACUCUUGCCACCACCUAGAAGCCACAGAGCCGAGCUACUGGGAGACUAAGGUGCGCAAGAGGAUCAGGGAGCACGGGUUUGUCCGGUACGCGGCACUGUACUGGUUCAAGCACGUCGCAGCAGCCGGGCCAAAGUGGCCCGGCAUCGGCGGCAAAGACAGCUUGGACCGAAAGAUGCUGCUAGAAGACGACAGCACGGAGUAUGCGAAGUGCUGGACAGAGGUCUGGUGGUUCCUCACGCGGGGGGCGACACAACAACCAUACCCGCAUGGCGUUCUAGCUAGGAGCAUCGUUGCACAGAGACUAGCCCCGGCCGUGUCCGCAAAGGCAGCAGGCGGGUUGGCGCCACCGCCUCCUUCGGCGGUGGCAUCUUCAGCCGGACUAGUACCGGCCACGCUCGUACCGCUAGCGGAAAUCGUACCUCUGAGCAGCAAACAACAUCUCGCUAGCACGCCAUCAGCUGCAGAACCAAAGACGACGGACACGCAUCCUCCCACUCUAGUCACAAAACAGCGGCAGGUGACCCGCAUGCCCACAAACCCCCUUGGUACUGCUGGGGCCACGCUCUCUAAAACGCCGGAGACGACAAAGAAAGGCCCCAGACCUGCCACUGGCACAAUGUCACUAGCCGCAGACGACGGAGUCAAACCACAACCACCACCGCCACCGUCGCAACAGCAGCACGCUAGACGUGAAAACUACCGACGCGCAGAGCAGGUCGUAGAGAAGCCCGCCGUCCCGGAAACCGUGGUGGUGGAAAAGAUUGUCGAAAAGACGGUGUUCGUAGAGAAGCCCGCCAUUACCGAAACGCUCGUCGUGGAAAAAACUGUCGAGACGACGGUCGUCAUAGACAGGCCGGCGGUGCGAGAGACGGUCUUUAUCGAAAAGCUCGUCGAGGUCGAGAAGCCGGUGGCGCCCGCCCCUCCGCCGCCUCCGGCCCCCCGCGGGAAAUGGCUGCGGCGGAUCAAGAACGCGGGGAAGGCCCUAGUGAAGGAACUAGCCCACCCUACCUAGAUCACAAUUAUAUGGCAGUUACCGUGGUGAUACUUUUGCAGUCGCAGGUGUGAAGGAACAACACGCAAGGCAGACGGCAGAC